AUGUUUUUCGCAAGAACUAUAUACCCGCUAUUGAGUCUUUUGACUGCCUCAUUUGCCAGCCUGGAUUGCAAGGUAUCACCUGCUGAUUCAGCAUGGCCUUCAUCAGACGAUUGGGCUGCACUUAACCAUUCCAUCGGGGGAGUUCUGCUAGAAACUGCUCCUGUUGCGUCGUCUUGCUAUCCUGGUAAUCCAUUCAAUUCUCCUGAAAAUUGUACGGACAUACAGGCUCAAUGGCCCUAUUCAGCAUAUCAUGCUGCCUGGCCCGAGAGCAUCGACUUCCCAAUUUAUACAAACAAUUCUUGCAUACCAAAGGGUGCAACUGGUUGGAGCAAGAGCAGAGGCUGCAGUAUCGGGGGCUUGCCACGGUACAUUGUGAAUGCAACCAGAUUGGAGCAUAUCUCUGAGGCAAUGAAAUGGGCCUCUCAACGGAAUAUUCGAAUUGUGGUGAAAGGAACAGGACAUGAUCUCAACGGCCGGUCAACUGGAGCAUUCGCGCUCUCUAUUUGGACACACAACUUCAAACAUAUCGAACGGCGACGUGCCUGGUCAUUACCAGGUCGCAAUGAAACCGAUGAUGUUGUCAUUUGUGGUAGCGGCAACAACUGGGGCUCUGUUUACACCGCAGUUCAUCGUCAAAACAGAACUGUCGUGGGUGGUGAAGAUGGUACAGUUGGCCUCGGAGGAUUGAUCCAGAAUGGUGGCCAUGGAUUUUUGUCGAGCCAUUAUGGUCUUGCAUCGGACCAAGUUUACCAGGUCACGGUAGUUACUACCGAUGGUAGGGUUCUUGUUGCGAACAGUGCCCAAAAUGACGAUCUCUUUUGGGCUAUUCGUGGAGGCGGCGGUGGCCAAUACGGAGUGGUGACAGAGUUUGUCCUGAAGACAUAUCCUGUACCGGAAAAUGUUGUCAUGGGUGGGUUUUCUUUCUAUGCCGCCAACUCUUCAACCAACGGGGGAACUGCGUCUUGGAAUGCUCUUUCGGAAGUUGUUUCUUCAAUUCCGGAUCUUAUGGACGGUGGUCUGAAUGGAAACGUCACCGCAUACACCAAGACAAGUGCAAUGGCUCUAGGCCUUACUGAAGCACCACCUGGUGUUGCAGCAAUUGUUGGUUUCGUGGGUCUCAAUAUGACCACUGGCCACAUGGAUGCCAUCGUCGACAAGUUAGCAGCCCGGGUCGCAUCUAUUGGCCACGGCAGCUACCUGAACAUUUCUCAACAACAGGCAUCUACUCAGAACUACUGGUCUUUCGUGAAGCCAAAUCCGCUAUCCAGCAACUCUGCUGGCGCUGUCAGCCUGAUGACCAGUCGCCUACUAGGCCGACGGGAGUUGUCGGACAUACCCCAAGAUGAUUUGAAAGUAUAUCUCCAGCAAGCCUUGAUUUCCGAGAACCCAGACUCUGGAACGAUGUUAUUGUUUGGAUUGCAAGGAGGCCGCGGGCCUGCUAAGGUCCCUAAAUAUAUGCGUGGAAGUGUUCUCCCAGCUUGGCGCACCGCAUAUACUCACACUUUCACAUUGGGAGCAUCGAUAAACGCAACAGGUGAUCCAAGCGAGUCCCUGAAAGCCGGCGCCGAUUGGUACGAGGUUGCCAAGGAGCCUGUCUGGAGAAAUUGGGCUCCUAAUACUGGUUCCUACAUGAACGAGGGCAACCCGUUCAGUAGUACCUGGAAGGACGAUUUCUACGGCAAGAACUACGAGAAACUUCUUGCCAUUAAACGAAAGUAUGAUCCUAGCGAGAGUUUGUUCGUUUGGAGUGGUGUCGGCAGCGACCUGUGGAAUUACGAUUUGAAAUCGGGCUUGCUAUGCCGAGUGAAAAGAUAA